AUGAAAGACGAUCAACCGGUCAAACAGCGCUACUACCCGAAGAACCCGAAGAUGCAGGUGGAGAUCAACGCCAAGGUCGACGAGUUACUACAAACAGGGUGCAUCGAACCGUCUAGGGGCCCGUACAGCUCUCCCAUAGUGAUGGUGAAAAAGAAGACGGGUCAAUGCCGCCGCCAAGGCCGCGUGGCAGAACGCCUGUCGGAGUGGAAGGAGGAGGAGGCGCUGUGGGUACCACACUCACCGUCGUCGUUGCCACAGUCGCCAUCGCGGCAGCCAUCGUUGCCACCGACACCACCGCCGACACCAGCCGCAGCCGCCACGCCGGAGCCGCAACACCGAGAGAUGCCGCAGCCACCGACGCCGAUGCCGCAGCCGCAACCACAGCCGCCACCGGCGCAGCCGCAGCCACCACCACCACCACGCACGCCGACACCGCCGCCAGAACCACCGACGCCGCCGCCACCGCGCACACCGACGCCGCCACCACAGGAUGAGGAGGGGCCCCGGUGCGAGCGGCAACAGUCCUGGGAAGUGGACCAGGCGCACGUCGCGAAGAUGCUGCGCAGAAUCAGCAUGGGUGGCCCCCGGUGGCACCAGCAGACGGUGACGUGGACGUGGCCCGCACCAGCGGAGGACACGCCGGAGGUGGGCGCGGUCGGGUGGAGCCGGUCGAGCACGGGCGCGCGCGACCCGCCGAGCUCGCGUCCGGACGGAGGACGAAGGCCCGGAGGAGAACCCGGAGAAGGGUCCGUGGGUGUGGCCCGCACCACCACCACCGAAACUCGCGCGGCAGGAAUCAUGCCCGAGGCGAGACAAGGCAAGGGUCUAUGUGCCCCAAUUAAGGAAGAAAAACAAAAGCGAGAAACGAAAUAUGCGAAAGACGAGACCACAGACGAGCCCGAAACGGUCGCCAUACUGGAGGCGUUGGAAAGGGAGUACGCAAGGAGACCGGCCCCGGAAGUCAAAGUCACCGGCGUGGAAGGUCUGAUGAGGAGCCUCGAUGUCCACAGCAUGAUGGAGGCCAGCGAGAGCAGACCCGAAAGGCAGGAAACCGGGAGUGAACGGCUGGAAAGCAGCCGCGAGAGAAGGGAGAUGCGGGAGUCCAGCCGCGAUCCGCGAGACAUCGCAAGAGUAGCCCCUCCGGAUUACGCGAAGGUGGCGUAA